GAGGGGGGCGGAAAAAGAAAGCAAAAGCCACGCACCCCGACCAAGUAAGCGAAAGAAAGAAGACAUCACCCCAACGCAAACCUAGCUAUAGCUAUAGCAUAGCUAGCCCCACACACACACACACACACACCCCAGCGCCACGACCGCGAGGGCAACAAGAAGGGGUCUCUCGGCGUCGCCUCGUAGCGCGCGGGAGGCGGACGAUCGAACCCUAUUCCUUGUCCUUGAAUCUCCAAUCCACAAUCCCCCUACCGGCUCAAUCCGGGAGAUCUAGGGAGAGAGGAGACUAGAGGCAGCGCAGGGGAGAGAAUAGUACAAGACAAGAAUGUUCUCUUCCAAGAAGGCCACUAGCAGCAGCGCUGGCGCGGUGGUGGCGGUGCAGGGCGAGAGGGGCGGGGCGCCCAUGUGCGUGCAGGGCGACUCGGGCCUCGUCCUCACCACCGAUCCCAAACCACGCCUCCGGUGGACGGUGGAGCUCCAUGAGCGCUUCGUCGACGCCGUCGCCCAGCUCGGCGGCCCCGACAAGGCGACGCCGAAGACUAUCAUGAGGGUCAUGGGGGUCAAGGGGCUCACUCUCUACCACCUCAAGAGCCACCUUCAGAAAUUCAGGCUGGGAAAGCAGCCACACAAGGACUUCAACGAUCAUGCGGUCAAGGAUGCUGCCGCAGCAAUGGAGAUGCAUAGAAACGCGGCCUCUUCUUCAGGCAUACUGGGGAGAAACAUGAACGACCGCAACGUGCACAUGAACGAGGCCAUCAGGAUGCAAAUGGAGGUUCAAAGGAGGCUACAUGAGCAACUAGAGGUGAUUAAUCAACCAAGAAUCAAAGUGCAGAAGCACCUCCAAAUGAGGAUUGAAGCCCAGGGAAAGUACAUGCAGUCCAUCCUGGAGAAAGCAUACCAGACGCUUGCCACCGGGGACGUCGCGGCGAGCCCUACUGCCGGGUACAAAUCCCUAGGCAGCCACGCCGGCGUCCUCGACGUGUGCUCCAUAAAGGACAUUGGCCCGGCUUCCAUGGGCUUCCCUUCCCUGCAGGACCUGCACCUCUACGGAGGCGGUCACUUAGACCUGCAGCAGCAGCAGCCAAUGGAGAGCUUCUUCGCGUGCAGCGAUGGCGGCGGCAUUGGGUCGUUGGGGAAGAAGAGGUCCAGCCAGUACGCUGGAGGCAAGAGCCCUAUGAUGUGGGGUGACGAUGACGACGGCGACGAGGAUGACAAGGGCGACCAGCUACUUCAGAUGGCGCCGCCGAUGAUGGACGACAUGGACUCCAUCGCUGGCGUGUACGAGGCGAAGCCGAUGAUGACCAUGUCCGGCGACUCAACUGGGAGCAGAGGCUUCGACGGUGGCAUGGGUUCCAAGCUCGAGAGGCCGUCCCCCCGGCGGCCGCACAUGGGAGCCCAGAGGAUGGGCAGCCCGUCGGUGAUCUACGGGUAAAUCAAUCCAUCGAUGGAGUUAAGUUAAUACUAGAGCUUUUUGUUUAACCGGGUGCAUGUGGCUAAAUAAGUAUAGCUUGAGUGCAUGGAAUCAAUGGGAAAUUAUAGAAGAAAUUAUGCGUCGAUCAGGUCAUCAGGAUGAUCUUACAGAUAUAGUGAUGCCCAAGGUCUAACAAAAAUGAUCUGUUGUGUAAUUGUACGUCUUCCUAAUUAAUUAUAACGGUUGUAAAUUUGUAAUCUAAUUAUUUGGUGAUCUAGCAUGCUGAGGUGGCAAGCUUCCAUUGAUCCUGGGACAUAUGUAUAUCGUCAAAAACAUAUUGUUAAUUAAUUCUUAUUGGUUGGGUC